CGGGAAGAUCAUCAAAUGAUAUGGAAUCUAUUACAGCGGGAGAUCUGUGGAUUAGGCUGUUUUUUUUAUGAAGCGUUAUCAAAAUGGGCGGGACCGUAGUAUUCUAGUUGUGCAAGAAGCAAGACAGGUGUAAUUGUAAUGAUAAGCUCAACGAAGGAAGAGAAGUAGAAGCGGGGAAGGAACUAUUGGUGAGCUCGAAACAAAGGUCAAGAAGUCUGUUAUUAUGUAGAUGAUGAUUAAGCAAUGUAUGUAGAAUUAGAGCAUCACAAGUGCUAAGCCCGCUGGUGUUCGUUCAAAUUUGUCUGCCAUCGUGUCCAGGCGCAUCAAGUCAGACAAAAUUAAGUCAAGUCAAAUGACAAGCUGGAUAAAGAUUGCAAAGUCGUUGAAGCUUCUCCACAUAAUGACAAAGAACGGUGCGGGUGGGGAAAGAAAUCGUUCAGGGAAAGAAGACCCUGCAUAUCGAAAAAAUAUCUCCAAAGCUUUUAGACCUCAAACAAGUUCGUCACUUGCAGAAAUUUUAGUUCUUGCUGCCCUGAUAGUCAGCGUCAGAUCAGCUCUGUCAACAUCAACGAAAUUGCUGCCGAUGUAUUACACACGUGUAUGAUAAGGCAAAAAAAAUCAGGGAAAGUGAAUAUUGAAAUCGAAUUUUUAAUUGUCGAUAACUUUUUUAAUGGAUUAUUUCUGAAGAAACAAAGGCACUCUGCGUCAAUUGCGAAGAAACUUCGACCAAACGAGCAGCUGGAUGCUGUUCGGUGUCAUCGGCAUACGCCUUACCAUCCAAAGAUCACGAACAGAACACGUGAAUUUAAGUCUCGUGAUUGGCAAUGCAUUUGUGAGCUUCAUGGUUGGAAGAACUCUGCUUUGACUACUUUUGACAGCUAAUUUACGCUUAUAUUAAUUAAAUUGUUCAGUACGAUUAUCCGGGGGUACUUUGACCGACUACAUGAUCAACUCUGAUGGCGUAGUUUACGUGGUUCAACUAACUCUACGACUUCUCUAUCCACGCAACAUGCGGAUAACCUUGACGUCGUGAUCUAUCCAUCUGCAAAAGAAUAAGCCGCAUAAAAUCUUUCACCUUACACGACCCAAACAUUGUGUAACCGACUAGCUAAAGAAUUAUCAAAUGCUAUGAGCGGGUCGCUGGUCUACAAAGCAUUGCAAAACGCCAUCGGGGUAUAGGUUCACCUUUAGCAACGGUUCUUUUAGUUAAGAAGGCAAGUAACUCAAACUUUUUAGUUCUGUUUAAGCACAUUUGGUCGUUAUAUACACCGUGCUUACCCCUAUCUGCCAGACCGUGUGGCUUCUGUGGUUCAAGUGAUCUAAUUCUUGCUCUGCCGGGAGAAUUUCUUAGAAUCUUAGUGACUACACGUGCGACUUGACCAAUUUUUCGCUACGUUUGAGGUUAUUUCGUUUUCGGUGGUCGUUUUUCGGCUGACUCAUGUUCGCCACACGAUUUCGAAGGAUCCAAAAAAAGAUUUUUCUUAGUCGCAUCCGAAUGUGCGAUAUCUUCUCACAAAAGUCGUAA